AUGGCCGGCUACGAGGCCCCGACGAUGGAGGCGAGGUGCCAGGACUUGGUCGAGAUGCUGGACGAGGGAUCGUGCCGGCUGGACAUGGGCCAGUACGUGGACCACGUCCGCAACUUGUCGGCGGGCGCCAUCGCCACUUUCGAGGGCACCACGCGGGACCACUUCGACGGGAGACGCGUGGUGGAGCUCCGCUACGAGGCAUACGGGUCCAUGGCGCGGCGUCGGCUCGAGGCCAUCCUCCGCGAGGCCCGCGCCGCCCACAAGCUAUGCUGGCUGGCCGUGGCGCACCGCCUCAGGACGGUCCCCGAUGGCGAGGCCAUUGCGAUCGUGGCGGCCGUCCGAUCUGGAUCAGAGAGGAGAUGGUUGGGGCUGGCGGCUCUAGUGCAUGGAGGAGAAGGGACGAGAGGAUAG